CCCACUGAAGACGUCUUCUGCCGGCGUGCAUGCCAUCCACCAGCCAAAAAAGAAAAAAAAAAAAGCGCCACCAUUGCAUGGAUAAGCGAAGAAGCGCCUUUUUUUUUUUUUCUCCUCACAUAUUCAUCCAUCACAUCCAACAUAUACACUCCAAACGUAUUCUCUCAUCCCUCAGGUACACAUGUACAUGAGGGGAGGCGGAUGUCGACGCCCGCUUGAUAUGGCAUCCCCUCUCCGACCUAUUGGCCGGAUGGAUGGAACUGCUUCCGGAAAAUCGAUUGACGCCUAGUCCCCAUCCUCUCUGCCUCCCUUAUCGCUCUCAGCUCUCUCUUUCUCUCACACACUCACACACACACACACACACACACACACACACAUAAACAUUCCUCCGCUCAAGCAACCAGCAUACCCACCAUAACAAAUAAAAUAAGAGGCGUGGUAUUUUGUUGACAAUGUGUGCGCGUGUCUCCUUUGUAAUCAUUUGUUGUUGUUAUUGUCAGUCUCUCUCUCUUUCUAGACCGCGAAAAAUGCGGCAGCCCUUACAAGGCCUAGCCAAUCGCCCUAUCGCUGCCCUUGUCCACCAGUCCGCAUGUUGCAUUAACCCCCCAUCUUCACGGAUUGAUAUGUUUGUGCAUCCCUUAGGAGACAUCCCACUCGCCCUCCUGUCCACUCCAAAAAAAGAAAAAAAAAAAAGGAAAUCGAUCGGGCAGAUACUGCAUCAAGGGGGUUGAGGUGGGGAACAGAGUUGGAAGAUCGGGAGGUGCGGGGAUGGCGGUUACUGAGGACAGAUGACAAGAAAAAAUUCGGGAUAGAACAGAUGCAAACAACUACAUCAUCCUGCACGCUGAACGAAGAACAAAAAAGAAAAAAUACAAACCCAAAAGAAUAACAAAACUGCGACCAGGAAACCCAUGGUUCCCUCCCUCCCCUCCUUCCCCUCCUUGUCCCUUUUAUCCAAACGAGCGAGCAAGAUUAUGAAAUCAGAGAGUAAGAAGAAGGGUCUCGGCGGAGGAGGAUAACAUGACAGGAUGGGACGACAACAAACAGACGCCGCUCCCUCUGCACAUUGGAGGACACAAAAAAAAAAAAAAAGAUCGUCCAACCAUGUCCCUGAGAAAGAUAAAAAGAAACCAUGUGUACCAACGAAAGAGUAUACAACCAGAGUAUGCACUGAAAAUGGGGGGAGGGGGGGGGAAUCGUUCCAGUUUGUGUUCAG